CCAACCAAACAGGGUCUUAACUCGUUCCCACUAUAAAUACCAAACUCGAGACUGAACUCAACUCAACUCGACUCACUCAUCGUCUUCCUCUCUCUUCGAUACUCUCAAACCCCAUUUUCUCUCUCUCAAAUCUCCAUAGCCAAAGAAAAUGAGGUCAUCCAUGUUGAGAUCCGUCCGUACAGCCCUAACUUCAACCUCCUCCUUCACCAGAGGCCAAGUCCUCCGCCGCGGUUUCUCCUCCGAAUCCGUACCUGAGCGUAAAGUCGUCGUUCUCGGUGCCGCCGGAGGUAUAGGUCAACCUCUCUCUCUCCUCAUGAAGCUUAAUCCUCUCGUCUCGAGCUUAUCUCUCUACGAUAUCGCCGCUACUCCUGGUGUCGCCGCUGAUGUCAGCCAUAUCAACACCAGAUCUGAGGUUAAGGGAUAUGUCGGUGAGGAGAAUCUCGGUGAAGCUUUGAAAGAUGCUGAUGUUGUGAUAAUCCCAGCUGGAGUACCAAGAAAGCCUGGUAUGACUCGUGAUGAUCUGUUUAACAUUAACGCUGGGAUUGUGAAAUCGCUUUGUGCUGCGAUUGCUAAGUACUGUCCUCAUGCUGUUGUUAACAUGAUUAGUAACCCUGUUAACUCGACUGUGCCAAUUGCGGCUGAGGUUUUUAAGAAAGCUGGAACUUAUGAUGAGAAGAAGUUGUUUGGUGUUACAACUCUUGAUGUGGUUCGUGCUAGGACUUUCUAUGCUGGGAAAGCUAAUGUUCCAGUUGCUGGGGUUAAUGUACCUGUUGUUGGUGGUCAUGCCGGUGUAACCAUUCUCCCAUUGUUCUCUCAAGCCACUCCACAAGCUAAUUUGCCACACGAUCAAAUUGUGGCUCUUACAAAGAGAACACAGGAUGGAGGAACAGAAGUUGUUGAGGCCAAGGCUGGAAAGGGAUCUGCAACAUUGUCAAUGGCCUAUGCGGGAGCACUUUUCGCUGAUGCCUGUCUUAAGGGUCUUAAUGGGGUUCCAGAUGUUGUGGAAUGUUCCUUUGUGCAAUCAAGUGUCACCGACCUUCCAUUCUUUGCUUCAAAGGUUCGUCUAGGAAAGAACGGUGUGGAGGAGGUUUUGGGUCUGGGUGCUCUCUCAGACUACGAGAAAGAAGGAUUAGAAAUCUUGAAGCCGGAGCUCAAAUCUUCGAUCGAGAAGGGUAUCAAGUUUGCCAACCAGAGUUAAGAGAAGAAGGCAACCGACAUUGGUAAUAAUGUCUUUGUUGGAUUUUAAGAAUUUAAAAAAGGAACAAAACAAACUUAAAAAGACCAAAUCAAUUUUUGCAGUUUUAAGCUUUCUUUUAUUGCUGUAUAAUUGCUGUUGAUCAGCACCGGCUUUUCGAUACUUCGAUUAGAGUAGGGUUUUCUUUUUUCUACUUACAUAUAUAAUUUUAAACUGCAAAUUUCGUUAAUUUUGAACAAAUAACUUAAAUUUUAAGAUGGGAUUGCUUUGUUCCAUUCAUCCGAUUACUCGAAAAAGAGGAGGAAUCUAAUCGAAUCUCGUUUUAUUUUUUGGGUAAA